GCGUGUGGUGUCUUUAUAUACACAGUAGUGUGAUGGUGGCUCAUUACUAGAUCACCAUGGCCAGUGAGAGCGGAGUCGGAGCCUCGCCCCUCCCCGCUCCCCUGUCAGGAUGCUGCCAGCCAGCCCCCAGCUCUCCUGUCACGGAUCCUCCUCCCACGUUAGCCCCGCUCCCAGAGCGCCCUCUGGUGGCUGUUCCCGGCAAGUGAGCAGGGCAGGAGCUGGGACUCCCCCGUGGCUGCUCCAGAGCUGGUUCUGCUGCCAUCCGCCGCCGCCACCGCCGCUGUGUGUGAUUCUGCGCACACUGACUACACCCGGAGACUGUCAUUCCCUGCACGCAGCAGCAGCAGCGCACCGCAGCCCCGGCUCCCGGCAGCAUGGCUUCUGGGGACCUGUACGAGGUUGAAAGGAUUGUUGACAAAAGGAAGAGCAGGAAAGGGAAGUGGGAAUACCUAAUUCGAUGGAAAGGUUACGGGAGCAGUGAAGACACCUGGGAGCCGGAGCACCACCUGCAACACUGCGAGGAGUUUAUUGAUGAAUUUAAUGGACUGCACUUAAACAGAGAUCGGCGAGCCAAAGCUGGUAAGCUUUUACGAGGGGCCGUAGUGGACAAAAUGCCCCACAGGUCAUCUGACUCUGGGAGAGCCAGGGGAGCAGCACAGAAACGACGAAGGAUACAUUCCUUACAAAAACAGAAAAAGGUGUGUACUGCCAAAUAUUCCCCUGGAGACAGAUCAACAAAGACCUUAACAUACAGAACUACUCCCAGCGGGCUGCAGAUUAUGCCGCUGAACAAACCCUUGGAGAAUGGGGACUCCGCUAGUCACAUUGAAGACGAGCACUUUGAAAAUGGCUCCGAUCAGGGGAAAAAUGACCGUAAUGAACACAAAGUGAGACCAGGUUUACCAAGUGGAAUGGAAGCCUGUGAUUCAAAUCUAAUUAAUGGAAUAGGAGAUUCAUUGACAAAUGGCGGAUUGAGCCCACACAGUCCUGUGAAACGGAAACUAGAUUUGGACAAGGACUACGUCUUCGAUAAGAGACUGAGAUACAGUGUCCGUCAAAACGAAAGUAACUGCCGAUUCCGGGACAUUGUCGUGAGGAAAGAAGAUGGCUUUACUCAUAUACUUCUGUCCAGUCAGACGUCCGACAACAAUGCCUUGACGCCUGAUAUUAUGAAAGAGGUCCGGCGGGCUUUAUGCAAUGCUUCAUCUGAUGACAGUAAGCUCCUGCUGCUUAGUGCUGUCGGUAGUGUAUUCUGCAGCGGCCUAGAUUAUUCAUACCUUAUCGGGAGAUUAUCUACAGAUAGGAGGAAGGAAAGCUCAAGGAUUGCAGAAGCUAUAAGGGAUUUUGUAAAGGCAUUCAUCCAGUUUAAGAAACCAAUUGUGGUCGCCAUCAAUGGCCCAGCUCUUGGCUUGGGGGCAUCCAUCUUACCUCUGUGUGAUAUAGUCUGGGCAAGUGAAAAGGCUUGGUUUCAGACUCCGUAUGCCACUAUCCGCUUGACUCCUGCUGGCUGCUCUUCAUACACGUUCCCUCAGAUACUCGGUGUUGCUCUGGCCAAUGAGAUGCUGUUUUGUGGGAGGAAGCUUACCGCACAAGAGGCAUGCAGCAGAGGGCUUGUCUCACAAGUUUUUUGGCCAACAACAUUCAGUCAAGAAGUAAUGCUCCGAGUAAAAGAGAUGGCUGCUUGUAGUGCUAUGGUAUUAGAGGAAUCCAAAUGUCUAGUCAGAAGCUUCCUGAAAUCAGUCCUGGUGGAUGUAAACGAGCGGGAGUGCCAGAUGUUGAAACAACUCUGGAGCUCACCCAAGGGUCUGGACUCGUUAUUCAGCUACUUACAGGACAAAAUCUAUGAAGUCUGAUACCUUUAAAUCAGGCUAAAGAAAGAGUUUUCUUUCCACUUCCGUCUUUACGUCUGCGAUAACCUUGAAAGAUGCUUGAAAGACAUUGUUUUGCCAGAGCCCAAAAUUAUGCAAUGAGGUUUUCCACAGAGUUGGUCAUACUGCUUCCAGAUUUUUUUGUUUUUUUGUAUGUAACAAAAGUGGUACAGGCUUCCAGAAGCAAAUACAAUUAACAAAGUACUUAUACUUCCAUCUACAUCAAAAAUGGAUAACAUUCCGUCAGCCAGACAGUAAUACUGUGUGAGCUGUACUUAGUUGUUUCACUUGCUACAUGAACCUUAACGAUGACGCUCGUCGAAAAACCUAGUUGAAGUAAUAAUGUGAGAAUUGCACUUUGUACCUUUUUUUUAUUAUUGUUUGUUUCUUGUACUUAAGUAUUGGAUGAUUUGUAUAUAUCGUUUGUUAAUCUGUUUGGGUUUAUUCUUGUUUUUCUUUUUAUUUGUUGUUUUGAAGAAAAGCUUGUCGUUCUUUUCUGUACUGUAAAUUAGCCAACUGAACUAAUUUAUUGUUUCUAAGUUUCUUUUAGAGGGUAAAAGGUUAAAUGUUUGUUCCUUGGGCAUUUUGCUACUUUUACUCAUGUCAUGCAAAAUAUUAUUAACAAUGCAGUUAUAUAUUAUAUCACCAAAAAGAUAACCGAAAGGAAGUCAUGUUGCAUUAAAUGUCAGUGACCCUUUUCCUUUACUAGUAGUGUGACUAUAGCUUAUUUUAGUAAUGGUGAACUCUACCUGAUACUUAACAUGGACUGGAGUUUAGUACAUUGAAAGCGUUCUUCCGAUCCCAUUCAUGCCUCUAAGGUGCAGUGCCGCUUUCACAUUUCCUAACCAGUUAGUAGUGUUGUCCACGCUACUGCUCCGUGGACUUCCUUGGAUUGUCACAUAAAACUAUUGUUGAAAUCUCAGCUGUCUUUUUGAAACUGGUGGUAGUGAUCCGUUGUAGGCAUUGGGGUACUAUUAGUGGUACAUAGGCACAUUGUGGCUAUCACCAUUAUCAAUGUUCCCUCCCUCCUAGUUAUGGUAGUUCAACAUUGCUAGUUUUCCUGUUAGUGAUGUGCACAUCUGAACAUUGAGGCGGCGCAUUACCAAGCAUUGAGUUCUUCCUUUAGCAUGCUACACCGCCUGUACUGAAUGUAAUACUUUAUUUAGAGAUUGACAUACUUUACUCCAUCCAAAACAACAUUUUAGGUUAGAGUGUGAAAUAUGGAAUAUAAUGGCCCUCCUAUUGUUUGUUUAGCGGAAAAAAACAUGGUGUAUUAUAUUUUUUGCUUCAAAGAAACACAUUUUUGUUUGAUAUUUAUUUAAUAUUGGUAUUGUUACAAAGUAGAUCAAUGUAAGUUGAGAAAGGUUGGAAAUCUUGCUGAAGUUAUUAUUAUGGUUUUCGUUUUGAGCUAGUCUCUUGUUCCCGAGUCACCUUUUUGGAUUAGCACUUUCACUUGUCUUUGGCUUCCUUAAACUAUAGAAUCGGGGUUCCCUAUCUAUAAAAGGUCUGCAAUAUAUGUAUUAAUGUUUUAUCUGAGCCCAUGGCAGAUUUCUAUGAGACUCCAAAAAGUCUCUGACACAAACAAUAGCUGAGCUACAAACUUAUAAACAUAUAACCACAUUUUUCCUUUUUAUUUAGAUUCCUUAAUGGCUUAGUUCUGAUUUAUUGAUUGAUUUAUUUAUUGAUUAUUUUGUUUGCACUUAAACCUAUUAAAGGGGAUACAAUUUAUUUUCUUGUUUAGAAAUUAUAUUUGCGUCUAGUAUUUUUGAAUAACAGUGUGGCGAUCACCUAACCUGUAAUGUAUUCCCACCAUUCUUAAAAGCAGAGAUUCAACUUUCUGCAUAUACUGCAGCAGUACAACUGUCUACAUGCAUUAUAAAUUAUACAGACAAUUAAGAAAUACACUUUUAAAGCAAUAUACAUAUUGCAAAAUCUCUCACAAAGCAAAAAACUGCAACGCCAUUGUCUAAGAAAAGGCUUAUGUAAAAAAAAAAAAAAUUGGCAUUGCCAAGCAAGAUCUCUUAUUAGUUUUGAUUUGGCCACUUGGGGUAAUAGUUUCACUGGAAUCGGUGGAUAUAAUUUUAAGUGUUCCUGUCACUCAUACUGAGUGGAGGAGAUUUUGUGAGUACUACUAUGCAUGAGAUACCAAUGUAUCUAUUUACCCAAAACCACUUACUUAUCAGUUAUUGCAUGAUGCCUCACUGAUGUCACUAGUUUCCAAUGAAAUUCUAGUCAACCUUGUCAUGUAUAAUUGAGCCACCACAAAAUGGCUGGCGCCACUCUUUAUGAAAUCGGGGUACGCUAGUUUGCUAUAAAAUUAUAGGUGGCAUUAUCAUGAAUAAUUGUUCUGUUCAUAAAAUAGCUGUAUCCGCUGUUAAGCUGGUAUACUUUCAUUUUACAUGGUACCAUGACCUCAAGGUAAUUAUCUCUGUACAAAGGUAUCUACCAGUGUGCUAUAUAUUUUCUUAGUAUUGACAGAAAAGUAAGCUCUUUAUCAUUUCAAAAUUGCGAGUUAAAGAAUUUCAUAUGCAACCAAUUUUGGAACAUAGUACACAGUGAGAGGCUUCAUGGUACUAAGUAGUGUCUUGUCUACUAAAUAUGGACCAUUGUGAUAAAUUAAAGAAAUAAGGUUUUCUAGAUAAAGCAGUCGAGCUAGAAAUUUACUUAGAAAUAGUCCUCACAAUAUAAUUUUCUAGUACUGUAUUUUUAUAUUGUCUUGCUUAAGAAAUUAUACAAUUUCCUAAGAUUUAUUCUGAUAUUAUAUGCGACGAUGUGCUAGUCGUGUCAGGAAUAUAGUUAGCUACCUUUAAAAUAGAUAUUACUAUGUGCUUUCCACCUCAACUGUAUAUUUGUCUGCCUACUCUGACAGCAGAUUCAAUGCAAAGUUCAGGAAUUUAAUCUUUGGACGUAAUUAUAUGUUGUGUUGACCUUUUACCUCCAGCCUGGUCUCAUCCCAUGAUUCACCUUCUCUCAUGCCAGUGGAAAUUACAUGGAUGACUUGUAAGAAAUGUAAUAAUUAUACUGUGUAAAAUAAACUUUGUCCAAAGUAUGUAUGUGUAUAUACGUAUAUAUAUAUAUAUAUAUAUAUAUAUGUAUAUAUAUACACACACACACACUCUCACACACACACACACACACUAUGGGGCGGGAUGUAAGGAAGUCUGGGCUCAGCGGCCGUGUGGAAUGUUUUUCUUAAAGGGGCGUUUUUUUAAAGGGUCAAUCAUGUACAAGGCUAAACCAUGCCUUAUAUAUGAUUGUCCCUUUAAAAAAAAAGUCUGAUUUUGGCUGGCAUCCCUCACGGCCGCCAAAAUUGACCUUCAUUACAUCAUGACCCUUUUUUUUUUUUUGUGUAUUACAAAAAGGAUUAAUCUUUUACAAGAUGUAACAGUGAUUCACUACUGGGGGCAUGUGUAUUUAGGUCACAUGGUUGGGAUUUAAGAAGAAAUUGGCCAGAUGACACCUCCAAGGCAUCUCUACACUGUUAUCUCAGUUAUUCCUAUAGUAGUUCUAUAGUAAAAAAAAACAAAAAAAAAAACCUUUAGACUGCAGUAUAUUCCUGACUGAGCAUUUAAAACUGAUAAUGAGGUACAUUUGUUACUGGCAAGGCAGCAUUGGUAGGUAAAUGUAGUGCCUCCUACCAGUGGUUUUUGCAAAGUGCGUUGGUAGUAGUUGCUAUGCAGGAGACAGGGUUGCAUUCUGCUUAAUUCGAGCCUUCAAAUAACGUCCUUUGAUCGUGGCUUGGCUAACACAGAUUGAUUUUGCAUUUAAGCAUCACUAUCAUAAGUGUCUUUGCAAACAUUUCUGAACACUGAAUUUCAGCGAUUUCUCAUAACAGUGGUUGAUUGCAUGAUUGGAUGACAUCAGCCUAAGAUUCCCCAUCCCCAGUUGAAUAUUAAUCUUUGAUUAAGUGUUACUACAGGUGUCUAUGUAUGAGGCAGUCUGGCUGAUUUGUCCAUGCUUAACCAUAUCUCUGUAGGUCCAGUUGACCAGCUCGAUCCAAUGUGGGGCUGUUCAUGCAUUCAGACAAUGACCUCUUACACAGAUGCUGUCUCCAACCAAUCGGAUUAACCAUCUGCCUCAAUCAGAUGUUGAUUGGGAUCUGUAUUUUGCUUGAAGGGCCCUGAAAGUUCCAGUUUGUGGACCUAAUUAAAUACAAUUUGCAGCAACACUUUUGGUUCUUUAAUUUUACUUGUUAUGACCUAAAUUUAAAGUAAGGACAUUGUUACUUCUUAAUAUAAUUUUACUUUGCAUGACAAUCAUUUAGCAAAGGAUAGCCUAAGAGGAAAAUAAUUGCUAAGUUAGUUUUAUGCUUGUAUAAUACUGUAUACAAUAUCGCAUUUAUUUUUAAGAUACAGUCCAAGUUAUUACAUAUUAUAACUAAUGACUAUACUAGAUUAGGGAUGGUCAGAAGUUUGAGAAAUGUGCAAGACAGGACAGGUCAAGGAGCCUCCUCUUCUGACAAUAAAUUGAUUCCUUGAGAUAUAAUCAGGGCCGGCAAGAUAUGUUUUGGGACCCAGUAUUAGAAGGCGUGGCAAUACCUACUGAUAAUAACUGGCAUGGCCGCACCUUCUGUGGUACUUGGCUGUGCCUCACUGGUACGCCCAAGACUAGGUGCUCAGCACCCAUCCCCACCCUACACCUUGUUUCAGUUACCCUGGAUCUGCAUAAGUUUUAUGUUUUGUGCCAUAUAAAUAGUAUGUUUUGUUUAUAUACAAUAAGGGUCUGGAUGACAAUAAUGCUGUAGCAACACAGAACUUGUUAUUAAAGGUGGUGUUUAAAGAAAAGAUUUGCCCUUGAUAAAACAAAGUUGGUGGCGGAAUGUUUUUUUCCUUGAUUAAAUUAUUUGACACAUUGUAAAAAAAAAACACAAAACAAUUUACCUCAGAAACAUUGUCUUUAUUAAUCAAAUGUGCAAAUUGAUUUAACAAAAAAUCUGUAUAACUCAUUUGUUUGUAUGCUCCAUACGUAUGUCUAGAUGAGUUCUAGAGCAUUUGACACCUUUAGUCAUGUCAGUUGUAUUUGAAAAAAAAAAAGUUUAUUUUUCAAAGCAAUGGUGUUGAUGUCACUAGUUAGCUGUGUUUUGAGCACCUGUCAUUGUUUCUUUGUUAAAUAUAUAUUUAUUUGAAGUACAGGUUUAAAAGAAGAAUGUUUAAUGUUUUGCAAUCAA